AUGCGUUCUGCCAUCGCCUUCUCUCUCUCCCUACUUGCUCUUGCUUCGGCAGCUCCCUCUUCCCCAGGCAAGGUUACCGUGCAACUUUCAAACGACGUCUCUGGAGCAAAUGGCGACGCCUCCAUUCCUCUCGAUGGAAGACCUGUGGACAUUGGCCAGGCUUUCGGACACUCCAAUCUGUUCAAAAACGGCAAACUACUUGUUACCAGCAUUUUCUUCGUUGCCAAUUUCCAAAAUGUCGACUGCGUCGUUGUGAGAAAUAGAGUCCAGCAGGUCGCCAACAUCUUCAACCCAUCAAAGGACUUUGAGAGAUUCGCUCAGCAGCCUGUGGACUGGGAGCACGGUUUCACAAUUGCCUGCACUAAGCAUUAA